CAGCAAAUGACAGCACUGUUCACUCCUGCAGAAGCCAGGGUGAGACGGCUAACCGUCAGCAAACGGCUCGUCUGAUCCGAGAAAUCUGAUGAUCGGCUGUGUUUAGGGAAAAAGUGGACCACUAGAACACGAGUAUAACGCUUGGUCCAUCCUUGCUGAGAGCAAAACUAAUAGUUCACUCUGGUGCUCCUCAUCAACUGGUGCAAUCAACAACCUCUAAGAGUAGGAAUUUGCCCUCAAGACAGCAGUGAUUUACCCCUCUGCCUGUGUGAGCUGGUGAAGAUGGUGAAGCCAGACAUCCACACUCUGGCCCACCACCUGAAGCAGGAGCGGCUGUACGUGGCAUCAGAGAAGCAGCUGAUCCAGAGGCUCAACAGUGACGUGCUGAAGACAGCCGAGAGGCUGUACCGGGCCGCAUGGAUUGCCAAGCAGCAAAGGAUCAACCUUGAUCGUCUUAUUCUCACCAGUGCGGAGGCCUCUCCAGCUGAAUGCUGCCAACAUGCCAAAAUGCUGGAAGACACGCAGUUUGUUGAUGGCUACAAGACUCUGGGCUUUCAAGAGACCAUUUAUGGCGAGUUCUUGGCCCGGUUGAGGGAAAACCCCAGACUGGUGGCUUCCUGUCUGGUGGCAGGGGAGAGGCUGAACCAGGAGCACAACCAGUGUGUCACCCAUACAGUAUUCACCUCACUUUAUGGCAACUGUAUUAUGCAGGAGGAUGAGAGCUACCUGCUACAGGUGUUGCGGUACCUGGUGGAGUUUGAGCUGAAGGAAAGUGACAACCCUCGCCGUUUGCUGCGACGGGGAACCUGUGCCUUCAGCAUCCUUUUCAAGCUCUUCUCCGAGGGCCUGUACUCAGCCAAACUCUUCCUCACCGCCACUCUACAUGAACCCAUUAUGCAGCUGCUGGUUGAAGACGAAGACCACCUCGAGACCGACCCAGCCAAGGUGACGGAGCGCCUCACUCCGGCCCAGCAGGAACGCUUCGGAGAGAAGGGCUCCGAGGGCUACAAACAAAGGGUGCAGUCAGCGGUGGAGGCCAAUGAAGCUAAGCUGGUAGCUCUGGUCAACAAGUUUAUCGGUUACUUAAAGCAGAACACCUACUGCUUUCCCCACAGCCUGCGCUGGAUUGUGUCGCAGAUGUACAAGACGUUGUCAUGUGUGGAGCGUCUGGAGGUGGACGAGGUGCGCACCAUGUGUACCGACCUGCUGCUGACCUGCUUCAUCUGCCCAGCUAUAGUCAACCCGGAGCAGUAUGGAAUCAUCUCAGAUGCCCCCAUCAAUGAAGUAGCCCGCUUCAAUCUAAUGCAGGUGGGGCAGCUUCUGCAGCAGUUGGCCAUGACUGAUAAUGAUGCAGACCCAAGGCGUAAAAGCAGUUUGGCCAAAUUUGAUAAGAGUUGUGUAGCUGCUUUUCUGGAUGUGGUGAUUGGUGGAAGAGCAGUCGAGACCCCACCCAUGUCCUCAAUGAACCUCCUAGAGGGCCUCAGUAGGACUGCCGUCUAUAUUACACAUAAUCAGCUGCUUGUGCUGGUGGACUUUGUAAGGAACGUGAUGGCAGGGGACCACCUUCGGGAGGAGGAGCACAUGGCUCUGGAGACUAUGGUAGCCAAUGUGCCCCAGUCUCGAGCUGUGAAGAGCAACAGUCUGGAGCUCACUCCCUCCAACACUCCCCAGCUCUCCCCGGCUACCACUCCUGCCAACAAGAAGAACAGGCUCCCCAUAGCAGCUGCUCGCAGUCGCAGCCGUACCAACAUAGCCCAGGAGGGGGAGGCAGAGGCCAGCUCCCAGGAGUCCCUGCAGGAGCUGCUGCCAGAGGAGGUGCUGGUGAUUUCACUUGGAAAUGGUCCUCAGUCGGUCCCUGGGAUGAUGUCAGAGAAUGAGGUUUUGAACCUGCAGAUGGCUGAUGGGGCCCAGGGGGAUGGCCAUGCUGAUGAUACUAAGCUGCAUGGUAAACCAGACAAGACCCUGCGCUUCUCCCUCUGCAGUGACAACUUGGAAGGCAUCUCAGAGGGUCCUUCCAACAGAUCUAACUCUGUGUCAUCUCUGGACCUGGAGGGAGAGUCUGUUUCCGAGCUGGGAGCCGGACCAUCAGGGAGCAACGGGGUGGAGGCGCUACAGCUUCUAGAGCAUGAACAGGCCACCACUCAAGACAACCUGGAUGACAAACUGCGCAAGUUUGAGAUCAGAGACAUGAUGGGUCUCACAGAUGAUCGGGACAUCUCUGAGACGGUGAGCGAAACCUGGAGCACCGAUGUGCUCGGCAGUGACUUUGACCCCAACAUGGAUGAAGAUCGGCUGCAGGAAAUAGCAGGGGCAGCUGCGGAGAACAUGCUCGGCAGCCUGCUGUGUCUUCCUGGCUCGGGGUCAGUGCUGCUGGACCCCUAUGGCUCCACCAUCUCCGAGACCACAAGCGAGGCCUGGAGCGUGGAAGUCCUUCCCAGUGACUCAGGUAGGGAUCCAGAAGCUCCGGAUUUGAAACAGGAGGAGCGUCUGCAGGAGCUGGAGAGCUGCUCAGGGGUUGGCAGUACCUCUGAUGACACGGAGGUCAGAGAGGUCAGCUCGAGGCCCAGCACACCAGGCCUCAGUGUUGUCUCAGGCAUCAGUGCAACCUCAGAAGACAUCCCUAACAAGAUCGAGGACCUGCGGUCAGAGUGCAGCUCAGACUUUGGAGGGAAGGACUCUGUGACCAGUCCAGAUGGGGAGGAGUCAGGCCACGGAUCACACCAUCCGACAUCUCCACCCUCACAGGCAGAUUCCUUACUGGCCAUGUUCGAUCCCCUCUCCUCCUGUGACGGCUCCACCACUGGAACAAUAGUGAGGCCCAAAGUGCACUACGCCAGGCCCCCUCACCCUCCCCCCGACCCUCCCAUCCCUGAAGCCAGUGCCCUGGGGCCAGAGACGCGCCACUCUCUCUUCAUGCCCCACUGCCUCGCGCAGGCUGAACUGGAGCACACCAAGCAGCGGCACUCCUUCCCCGACAGGCUGGUACGUAGCCGCAGCUCUGACAUCGUGUGCCCAGGCCGCCGGCCCACAAGCGACCCUGGCCUUAACCGGCGGGUUGCAGUUGAAGAGCGUGACCCUGCUGGGGCCUUCGCCUUAGGACCGUCCUCGUCCCCCAGCAAGGACUCCCUGAAAGGGGAGGUUGAGGACAGGAAAGACAGCGACGACGAGAAGUCUGAUCGGAACAGGCCAUGGUGGAAGAAACGUUUUGUGUCAGCCAUUCCCAAAGCUCCGAUAGCUGCAUUUCGGAAAAGGGACAAGCAUGAGAAGGAUGACGUGGCCCCGGAGCGCGUCCCACAAGAUGACACAUUGCCCAGACAGAGCUCUCAGACGCAGGCAGCUGAAGAUAUCCUGGACAAAUACAGGAACAUCAAGAGGAUCAGCCCGAGUGAUGGAGCCACAGGUGGAGCUUCUUACGAUGGAACUGGAGAUCUUUGUGGUGAUGACAACGUCCACGACUCUCCGAGAGAAGACACCCUGCAGAACAUUUCCACUGAUGACCUCCCAGAUUCAGCCAGUCAGACAGCCCAGCAGCAUGACACCAAGUUCUCUUUCAGUGAUGCAAAGAAGAAGUUGAGGUUGGCUUUGUGUUCAGCGGACUCCGUGGCUCUGCCCAUCAUGAUUCCUGUAACUACACGAAAUGGGCUGCCUGACCACAUGGACUCGGAAGACAAUGAGAUCGUCUGCUUCCUGAAGAUCCAGCUCGCAGAGGCCAUCAACCUCCAGGAUAAGAACCAGAUGGCCCAGAUCCAGGAGACCACGCGUUGCGUCAGCCGCUUUGACGCACGCACCAGCAGGAAGCUGAUGGCUGCCAUCGCGGAGGAUUACAGAAAGAGGGCACCGUACAUAGCGUAUCUAACCAGGUGUCGUCAGGGCCUGCAGACCUCUCAGGCCCACCUGGAGAGACUCCUCCAGAGGGUGCUGAGAGACAAGGAGGUGGCUAACCGCUACUUCACCACCGUCUGUGUUCGCCUCCUUCUCGAACACAUGGAGUCCAAGAUGCUUGACUUCAUUAAAGCGUUCCAGGGGUGCACGGCAUCGGAUGACAAGACCGCAGCAGUGGAGGAUUUUCUGCGCUACUUGUACGGCGCCAUGGCCCGUGAUGCCAUUUGGCAGUACGCGAGCGAGGACCAGCUGCAGGAUGCCCAGAUGGCUAUCGAGCGCAGCGUUAUGAACCGCAUCUUCAAAUUGGCCUUCUACCCCAACCAGGAUGGAGAUAUUCUCAGAGACCAGCUUUUCCAUGAACAUAUCCAGCGGCUCACAAAAGUUGUGACGGCCAAUCAUAAAGCUCUACAAAUCCCAGAGGUUUACCUGAAGGAGGCUCCCUGGCCCUCCGCCCAGUCUGAGAUCAGGACCAUCAACGCAUACAAGACGCCUCGAGACAAAGUCCAGUGUAUACUGCGCAUGUGUUCCACCAUCAUGAACCUCCUCAGUCUGGCCAACGAGGACUCCGUCCCCGGAGCAGAUGACUUUGUCCCUGUGCUUGUCUUCGUCCUCAUAAGGGCAAACCCGCCCUGCCUGCUGUCCACCGUUCAGUACAUCAAUAAUUUCUAUGCCAGCCGGCUGAGUGGGGAGGAGUGCUAUUGGUGGAUGCAGUUCACCGCGGCGGUGGAAUUCAUUAAGACCAUCGACGAUCGCAAGUGAAGCAGAACAGCCACCUGUAUGGGCAGACUGCGGGGGAAGGAGCCGGGAGACUGGGAGACUUCCCAACCAACUGCUCCCUCUGCACAGCUUAUGAAUCCUGGCCCUCAGCCUGCUCUUUAUUUGUAUAGCUUGUACAUAGCCAGAGACGUUGAAAGAGUACAAAAUAUAUAUUACUGUAUGUAUGUGGACAAAUCCAGGUUUUAGCUGUGCUGAAAAAACGGCGUUGGGGAAAAAAUUAGCAAGAUGUUAACCUGAUUUGGAUUUUUUCUUUUUUGUCUCUUCAAUCUUGUUUCACGUUUGGGGUCUGUAUUAGGAAUUUUAUAUAUACAUAAUUACCAAUAUGACAUUAAAUCAACUUAAAAGAUAAUCCUAUAUAAAGGGACCAGACUUCCUUGAUGUGAUCACUUUUUUUACUCCCCCCUGAGUAUGAGGGAAGGGCUUCCAAUUAAAUUACAAUAUAAUGUUCAUUAGAUGCAUUGUAACGUGGGGAUUUACAGUGCGUGAGGGAUUUAGUGACUCGUUAACACUGAGAUGACCUCACAAUAACCAUAAUACUCAUAAGGUAAGUGUGUCAAACAUAUAGGGCAGCUUUUUCAUGAAUUGUUUACUUCAUCUUAUUCCCAAAAACAAGUGUCAGUGAUAAUUUGGACAUAAGGGCCCACAUAUUUAUAUGAAAUAAAAGUGUAUUUAUUUCUGUAAUUCUAUUUAAUGCUUUUGUUUAUCUAAUUUUAAAAGAAGGUGAAAAUGCAUAUCAUGCCCAUUCACGAUGUCUGAGGCAAGUGUUGUAAUUAUAAUAAACUUGUUGAGUUAGGAAGGCACCUUAGCGAGGAGUAGGCGGGGCUGCUGGGGGAUUGUGAUACAGGGUCAACUCAUGCACAGAGCAGUGGUGGCAUUUCUGGAAAUAUUGUGCCUUUGAUGUGGGGCGCUCUGUACAGGUAGUUCUUUUUGACUAUUUUUUAUUUUUUUUAAAUCGGCAUAGGCAUUGUCCCUACCCUACCCUACACCCUCCCCAACAGGCCAAUUGCGUCUACAGAGAAACCUUAGUCCAGACCUCUCUGCGGGGACAUGGGCUUCACUGAUUGUCACGGCUCAGUCCCUUUAAUGCACUUGAAUUUGAACAAAUAUCCCCUUUUUGAAUUCUAGGUCCUACCUCAGAGUUAAAACCGAUGAGCCUGAUUAUGACUGCCCUGCAUUUGUUGUCAACAGAGGGUCGUUUUUGCACUGGUAAGAAAUAUUGAAACAGUAAAGGGCAGGGAGGGAAAGCUAUCUACCUGCUGUAAUGCGUUCACAUCACCCUUAAAUGACACAAGCCUUUGUUAGCCAACAAAGACGUUUUAGUUUCCAAUCUUAUACCUGAGAUGCCACGUGUCCAAAUGGGCAUACUAGUGAACUAUUGGAUAUUAGCUCUCUACCUCCUCAUAAGUUCAAGAAAGGGACUCGUGUUUUUGUGCACUUAUAUUUCUUUUUUCUUUUCUUAUCCCCAAUUUGGCGUGGUGUGAUAUCCCAGUGUCAUUGUAUCUUUCCAAAUAUAGUACAAGCAUGUCUUUAAUUAUCCAGAAAUGACUAAAACUCAUCUCUCUCUUGAAUUCCUCUGCUUCAUUUUUGUGCACAGACGUGCCACAUGUAUUAUAGUUUUUCAUAACCCAUUACUUUUCACCGUAACUGACCUGACAGCACAAUACACAGUAGGAUAGAAGAGCAAAUAAUCAACACUAUUGACUUGUUACUGAUUUCCUUUUCUUUUCAUUUUAUGCUAACGUGGUUGGUGUAGUAUGUGAGUGUGGUUUAUAUCUAGUGAGUGUGUGUGAGAUGAACGUGUGAUUGGUUGACCCUCUGCCUCCUCUUGCAUGAUGUCAUUGACUGGUCUGUACAUACUGUAUCAUGAUAUACAGUGUAAUAGGAUUAACAUCUGCCACAGGCCAGUAAUUGAACCUGCAAGAGGAUGCAAAGCUUCUCUUUGUGUCCGUGAUACUUGCAUAUCAGAACUCAAUGAUUUAUUUUGCACAAAACAGAUGUUUUCCUGAGAAAUUGACAGGGAGCAGUGCAUUUUGAAAUAACAUUAUGGCCUUUAAGGCCAUUUAACAUAAGAAUAUUGUGAUAACAGAAAUGAGUUAGCAACUGAGUGUUACUAUCUCAAUCUUUCACAUUAAUGGGCAAAUUUCAAAUGUGUUUUUAUAUUGGCCUACAGUAGCACCAUAUUUGCAUAUGCAGUAUACUUCCUUGCAGAGUCUGUCAUCAAUUUGAUGAGAAAACCAUGCACUGGAAAAUCAAGUUGCAGGUUGCAUCUAUACUAAUUAGGUUUAUGUGAUGUCACCUAAAUGUGAAAUACAUACUGCACACAUCUGAUGAAAUUAUUUGGCCCUGGCUUAUGUUUCAGUGUUUCCUCAAAUAGCUGAUCACAGCAGCUACAGAAGAACCCAGUCGAGUACUGAUUAAAACACCAUAUUAUUUACACAAAUAUACACAAGGCUAUAAUGAUCAAACUGUGAUAUUAAAUCAGAUUGUAUGCAAACCACAGGGUAGUUGUGUCAAGUGAACAGACUAAAGAGUUAGUCUGUUGUUUCAAAUCGUUGUUGCUCUGCUCCCUGUGCGAUUGAGUUGAAAAGCUGAGCAGAGAAGAAAAAGUUUUACAUCUUACAUCUAAUUUUACAUUUAAUUGUAAGCUUGCACAAUAUGACAUGCGGGGAAAGCCGGUUUGUCUUUACUGUGAUUAAUGCAUUAUGUAAUUCUUUAAAAACAAUAAAAGGAGCAGAAGUUU